AGAAUUUCUUUUACACAACACAAAAUGGCUGUAAUUAACUGAAGUGUGCGACGCUCUGCGCAUGCGCACCACACCUCGCUGUCGGAGCUCCGCGAGCAGGUAUUGAAGUUGGCUCAUCAUGACAAGCCCUGGCGCACAAGCUGACGGAUCAUCGAUCAUAAGAGCUCGCAGCGAUCGGCAUCGGAGGAUCUGAUGCCUGCUUCACAUGAGACAGCUGACAUGAAGGAGAUGAGAUCUGAAUUACUUUAACACAACUGCUGACAGAAACUCACGCAUUUGCAGCUAUUGGAAGUGUAUUGCAACCCACGAAACUGAAGGAGCCAAAGGAACCAUAUGAAGUUAUGGAUUGUAGAGGGACUAUAUAAAUAAUGUCUUUUUGACUUUUUUUUUUAAACGUCCAUAAUCGGUUACAAAGUGUUCGAUUGUGUUCCAUUUGAAAUUCCAUUCCAUUCCAUUGACUGAGAAUUUUUAUAAGCCAUCAUCACAAUGUUCCACCACAAUAAGAAGUGCUUCACUAUUGAAUCUCUUGUGGGUAAAGACUCCAAUUCCUCAAGCGCCGCUGCGGAUGAGCCCAUCAGACCCACUGCUCUGAGGUUUACUGAAUCCAUCCAUCCAUCUCCUUUUGGGAGCUGCUUCCAGAACUCAGGCAGGACAUUGUACAGCAGCAGCCCAGAGAUGAUGUUCACAGAUCCGGCCACACAUUCCACCAACUCCGGCCUGUCUCUGCGUCACCUCCAGAUCCCCACACAGCCCUUCUUCAGUCCUCACCAGAGAGAAACCUUGAACUUCUACCCGUGGGUGUUGAGGAACAGAUAUCUGGGACAUCGAUUCCAAGGUGACGACGGUAGCCCGGAAAACCUGCUGCUACACGGGCCUUUCUCUCGCAAGCCCAAGCGCAUCCGCACGGCCUUCUCCCCGUCGCAGCUGCUACGGCUGGAACGUGCCUUUGAGAAGAACCAUUACGUGGUGGGAGCUGAGCGGAAGCAGUUAGCCAACGGGCUGUGCCUGACAGAGACACAGGUGAAAGUGUGGUUCCAGAACAGAAGGACCAAGCACAAGAGACAGAAGCUGGAGGAAGAGUCACCAGACUCGCAGCAGAAGAGGAAGGGUAGUCAACACGUGAGCCGCUGGAGGGUGGCCACGCAGCAGGGCAGCCCUGAGGACAUUGACGUCAUUUCAGAAGACUGACAUCGUACGGCUGCGUUAUCUCGGGUAAUAAACAUCAGUCGUGUUGAUGGAGCCCUGCCACAAAGAUAUUUUUCAGACAGACAGUGUCAUGAAUUGAACUUGGUGUGUAAACUAAGGAACCGAGUCACCGUCGGCUGCUGCUGACUUCUGAUCAGGCACAACAGAACAAAGGACGUCAGCAGCUGAACUGCUCAUUAAGACUUGACUGUAUGCAAUACACAUGGACCUCUUCAUAUCGGAUCACGUUCCAUCUCAGAGCAAUGAAGACUUUUUUUGUACGCUUAUUUUUUUGUUUUUUUGUAAGUUUUCACUACUAUCUUGCUCCUUUGUUAUCAGUCAGAACAUUUCCAUCAUAAAGAAGUAUACUGGAUGACAAAAGUAAUAAUAAACACCUUAAUGAAUAGAUUGAUAAAUGUUUUGUAGUGUUAAAUUGAUUUAGACAUUCAAUGGCCGCAGUCUAACACCAAUAGGGCGAUCCAGUGUGUGAAUGAAAUAUCACUCAUAGAUGUACUUCUGAAAAAUGUUGUGAUACGUAUUUUACAAAAUGUCAGUCAUUCUUUUAUAAACCAGGCAGAUUUUGGGCAAGUGGUGAAAUACCCUCACAGUCAGAUAUACAUUUGAAAUGGUUCUAUUUAUUCUGAAUGAGUGAACUUUUCUAUGCAUUUGAGCUCCGAACCCAAAAUUUAAUUUUGUGUUUUACAUCUGGGUUAAAGCUUACUGAAGAUUUUACACGUGUUGUGUGAGAAUUAUUUUUCUUUCAUGUUUGUUACCACAAUGGCUCUUGAACUGAGUUCAAAUAUCAGUGAACUAGAAGCUUAGGAAAUGUUUGAAUUUCUCUUUACUCAAUUAAAUACGUGAAAAAAAAAAGAAAAAAAAAAUGCAGUCUAACCUCUAAGACCCAGAAUGGUUUGUAGCACUUCAUAACAGAUUGUUUCUUUUUUUGGGUUUUCUUUAAGGUGUUAAGCACUGUAGUCCCAUCUGUUUGUCUUCAUUGUUCAGGAAUCUUUUUGGUAUGUGUUUGUUUUACUUUUUUUCCGCCAGACUAUUAGAUAAUAAAACUUUAACUUAAA